GUAAUUUUAUUACCCUAUUUAAGAGUUUCUUAAACUAUGUGCAAAGUGUAGGACGACACUUAUUUUGGAAUGGAGGGAGUACCGUAUUAUUUUGGGACGGACAGAAAGCAAAGAAGUCUACAUUAAAACUAUUAAGUAACCAACACUCACUUCUCUCUCUUGAGGACUUCCACCGCCCCAGCAGACCACAGUCUAGUCUUAAACUCCAUUCUUACACGCUCAAUUUAUUCCCAGCCGCAAUCUCUUACCAGAGCUUAUCUUCAAUCCAAAUUCAUUCAUUCACCUCGCAACCAAUUCGACGAAAUCCUGUUGUAUUUCCUGAUCUCUAAAUUCAAGUUCAAGUAAUAAGUAUGUAGUCAUGUUGCGUGUGUAAAUUACUUACUAGCAACACAAAUGGAUAAUGUUGAAGUUCCCGACUACUUCAUCUGUCCAAUUUCGCUUCAAAUCAUGAAAGAUCCGGUCACGGCAGCCACCGGAAUCACGUACGAUCGAGAGAGCAUCGAGCAUUGGCUGUUGAUGAGGCACAACACAAUAUGUCCAGUUACAAAGCAACCACUCCCCAGAGAUUCCGGCUUAACCCCGAAUCACAAUCUCCUCCGUCUUAUUCAAUCGUGGAGGAGGAGCACCGGCAAUUCCCCCGGCGCUGCAGCUCAAAUGGAUAAACGAAAAACGCAAGAAACUUCGUUGAACCAGUCCCACAUUGAUAAACUGAUCCGGGGCAUUGGGAACCCGGAUUCCCAGCUGAAAUCACUGCAAAAACUGGAAGCUCUGGCGAUAGAGAACGAACCCAGAAGGAAGCAAUUAGUGGAAUUUGGCGUACACAACGCAGCCCUUCACUUUAUCAUGCAAUGCCACAGGGGCAAAAACACAAACGCUUCAGGGUUGCCCGAAGCCCUUCAUGUUCUGUAUCUCAUUCGCAAUUCAUCAAACGGGUUGAAGCUAUCCCAGAUGGAAGAUGUUAUCGGUGAGAUCAUUGAAGCGUUUUCAUGGGUUUUGGGCUGUGAUGGGGAAACUCUGAAUAAAACCCACGCCAUUUUUGCGAUGAAAAUGGUCGUUCGGAAGGCAAAAUCAGCUCAAUUAAGGAUGCUAAAACCCGAAUUUUUCCAAAAGCUUGUGGAUUAUGUGAAACAGAGAGGAAAUAAACAGGGGAUUAACGCGGCUUUGCAAGUCAUGCUGGAUUCGAGCCCGUGGGGAAGAAACCGGAUCAUGUUAGUGGAAGCCGGGGCUCCAUUCGAGCUAAUCGAGCUCGAAUUAAAAUCCCCAGAGAAGAAAACCACCGAACUGAUUCUGGGAAUACUGUUUCAUCUCUGCUCGUGCGCCGACGGGCGGGCCCAGUUCCUCAGCCACGCAGCCGGAGUUGCGAUGGUGAGCCGGAGGAUACUGAAGGUGUCCCCGGCGGCGGACGAUCGGGCCAUGCUGAUCCUUUCGUUGAUUUCGAAAUUCUCAGGCACUAAUGGGGUACUGUUGGAGAUGCUCCGGGUCGGGGCGGCAGCAAAACUUUGCCUGGUGAUUCAAUCAAAUCGGGAGUCGCAUUUGAAGGAUAAAGCCAGGGAAAUUCUGAGAACCCAUUCUAAUGCCUGGAAAGCUUCGCCUGAGUGCCUUAAUCUUCCCACCCUCACAAGCGACGACGUAUGUUGAAAUCGCUGAUCAUCAUAAUUAUUAAUUACAGGCGAAGAAAAGUUCCGGUUACAAAUAUAAUUAAAUACUUUGCGUAAUGGCUGGUCAUACACGCAAUAUAUGAAAUGAUCAUAUCAUAUGCAUGAUUCAUGGUUGAUCGGUACUGCUUGUUUGACUGGAAAGUUUGAAUUUAAAGCCACAAGUACUUAAAAGUGUAUAGAGAUAUUUCGUGACUUCCUGUUGAUUGUUCAAUCUCCAGAAAUCUGGAUGAGUGUGACGCUUGUAGGAUAAAAGUUACUAAUAUACCACAGAAUUUUGUUACUUGUAGUAUUGGUUUCUUUUGGAAUAGAAUUUAAUAAUUUAUAUAACAUUUGUCUUUUUUCGGUUAACUUCCAAAUCAGAUUUGUAAUAUUGCAGGCCACAAAAGAUCUCAUACAGGUCAUUUUUUAUGUAUCUAAACUUUGUGUCGACUACUUUUCUUAGAACAAAAGAAGUAAAGUAUUAGAUUUCGAAAUGUUAUAUGUAAAUUAUUAUAGAGUACAAGAGUUUAUUGAGUGGUAAGAAAAAUAUUAC